GCUUUCGUUCGACCGCAUCCAUCGGUGGAAUGCACGCUCAGUCUUUCGCCAGUGCCGGACGAGGACAGAUCGUACACCGCCGCGAUCUCGAACCGCGCGCAGAGCCAAACCGGGAUCACCGUCUGUUUUUAUUAUUGUUGCUGGACGGAGAAUGACUUUUAUUUUAAAUCCCCUUUCUACUUUCCUCGAAUCUAGCGCCGUGUGAGUGUGACUCAUAAAAGAAGAACCAUAAACUAUAUUUUAUGCUGGAUCCAAGUUGGAGAGUGAGCGGAUUCCGGACUGAAACGAGUUUGAACGGAAAAGAUUUUUUAGUGUUGUGCAAGGCAUUUCUGGUGGGAAAAAGUGUUCAAACCCGAAUUGGAUCCAACCGUGCGUAUCGAACUAAUCGAAUCGAUUGUGGCAAAUUUGUGGUUGGAUCAUAAAACAUAAGAGGAUUGAGAUCGAAGACCCGCGAUCGUUUUAGGAGUCGUUUGAACGGUGGCAAAUUUAUGCGCAACAGCGUGAAGAAGACCUUUCAAGUUGCGUAAAUACAAAACAGUUUGUAGUGUUUUACUGCUUGAACCUCUAAGUGGGAUCGAUUAAGCCUCGAACGGUGUGAAGAGUCAAGUCUAUAUCGGAUCGGGUGGUAUUUUCUCACGCCGAAACCAUAAUUCGGCUCUUGGCGGCAAAGUGGAUUCCAUUUGAAGACGAUUUGGAAGAGGAUCAUCCUGUACAGUCAGUGAGUGCUCGGUGUUCAACGACUCAACCGAUCAACGGCUUAUCCGGAUUGUGUAAUACUUGGUUGGUGCGCGCAAACAAUUUGACGUUGAUCGCCGCCAGGUCCGAUUGGAAUCGGUCAGUCAGUGAAUCAGUCGGUCAGUUUAGUGUGUUACAAAAAAAAAACGGACGACGGAGAGAGGAACCAGCAAACGGAGUGCAUUCGUAGUCGGAUGAAGAGAUUUGACUCGGCGGCGCGAAGUGGUGCAACAUGAUGUGAACCGCGCUGUGCACUGUGUUGAAGGCUGUAGUGUGUGGGUGGUUAUGCGGUAGCCUUGCCACGAGCCGACAAUUUCGCUCAGUAAAUUGAAGGAUUUGUUUCUUCUGUAUAUUCCGGCAUAAGAGGUGAAUGUUUUGCCAAAGAGUGGGUGUAGUUAGCUGAUGGACAUCACCAAGCUCAUAUCCGUGACGAAGCCAACAGUUCAAGAUUCGCACAGUGAGCCGCCAUCAGUGCCGGAAACUGACCAGACCCAGACCAAACGGCGCCGCUCAGCUUAAACACGAAUCCGGUCCGCGCGCCCAUCCACACAGUGAUUAUUAGGUUCGGACAAGUGCGGAACAAAUUCCUCCGUUUCCCUCGGGAGAACACGGCGCUGCUGGAUUGAACGAAAUUAAGUCAUUACAUGCGGCAAUGCUGUUGACAAUUUCCAGAAGAAUCUAGGGUGUGACGGCUCGAAUCACUGUGAAUGGUAGUGAGAAAAAUAAGUUCGGAAAUUGUAUGAAUGCCAAUUGAAGUGGGUCAAUCUCGAAUGGUCAUUGGUCACCCAAGUGCAGCAAUCUUGCGGAAUGUGAAGUUUUUGGGUUUAGUGUAGUUCCUAUGUUGGUUGUAGGGUAACGGAAUUGGUAAAGGUUCAUUUCAAGUUCUAUCUAUCCUAAGCAUUGUUUCGGCAGACUUACUAUACAACCAAAACAGUAAUAUUCAAACUUUUCAUUUCUAAAACCAAGCGCCAGAGUGAUAGUUUCCUAUUUUUUUUUAAUUUAGCAUGUUUUACUUGCGCUUCUUAUUUUGUGAUUGAAGUCCAUUGUAUUUUAUAGUAAGUUUUGUGCUUUAUUUCACUUUCAAAGUUCAUUUUAACCAACUUUUCUUGCCCAGCAUAAUUAAAUCUGACCGCGAAACGGGGCUAAAGUGCGUCGCCCCUAGUAGAGAAAGGAACUCCGCGCGCGAUGAUUGUGUCCAGUGGUGGCGGCAACCAUCAGCGUGACGAAGACCUUCACCUUAAUCCAUCGACAAUAAGUGCGAUCGCCCCCAUCAUCGGUAGCAAGAAGAACCCACCGCCGCAAUUAGCGGUGCAGUGUUUGCAUCAUCUCCGCCCUCUCCGGGCAGUUAGUGUCUAUUGACCAGCGUUCACGGUUCGGUUUAUCUCGGAAAAGUCCGUUUAUCCGCCGUCUGUCCGUCAUGGCUGAUAGUCGCGAGCGAAUACGAGGUCCACCGCGUGACGGUCGCGAAGGUUUCACCAGUCCGCGGCAGGUGCUCAGGCGGCUGAUGCUGCUUUCGGAGGGUCGCCAGUAUCGCGAAGCGGCUACCGUCGUGGGGCGCCUUGGUCCAUCAGUGUUGCGAUCGGUAGUGGCGGAACUACCGAUGGAUAUCCUGAUCGAGGCGCUGCCUCAUAGCACCUACUUGCUGGAGUCAUUCUUCAAUCGAUUGAACACGGUGGUACCAAAUCCAAAGCCCGAAGUCCCAAGCGAGGCAAUAAUGUGGCACUUGGUGAAGCUUUUUAGCAAUCCCCAUGAGUCCGGUCUUCGGCAACGAUGUACCAAACUGGCGCAUGCCAUUGGCACCUGGCAGCCAUCAUUACGGGACGCCCUGAUGGCUCGCCGCAAGCAACUAGACCAAGCGAUCGAAGGCCUCGGUGUUCACGGUUUGACGGCCGACCACAGCGGCUCUCUCAUAUCGUUGCAUAUAGCGUUAAAAAACGAACUCCAACGACACAUCGAGACCUACAAAACGGCCAUCCACAAGCUGGAAGAGCUGAGCCCCGUCACGGUCAACCCGGACCCUGCCCAGUCGUCGCACCAGCGAUUGCUGGCCAUCAGCCACGGAGAUAUCCAGCAGCGACUGAUCGACAACAAAACCCUGCUCACCAUGCUGGACAAACCGGCGCUGAAACAGCUCAGUCAACUGCUGGAGAACCUCUCGCAGCGCGUCCAGAACGACAAGGAGGUGCUGUUCUGCGUGGGACAGAUCCGACGAAUCGAUACCUCGGCAAACACGGAGGAGAGACCUGCAGCUGGCCUGCUGAUGAACUACUCCCGUGGGUGCGAGGCCGUCCUUGGACUGAUGGGACCCCUGUCGCUGUCGGCCCCGAGUAGCCCCACGAGUAACGGUUGCAGCAGCGGAAGCGAUGGUUACCACUCCGACUCCGAUACAGAUGAAACUAAUUCCGAACUGGUGCGACAGUACGGCGUAAUGUACAGCAAGAACCGAAUCGACACGCUGGAUUCCCUCAACAGUCUACCGCAGCUGAAGCAUGCCCACCAGCUCAAGGCCAAGAUACUGUUUUCGAUCAUUGUGUUGGCAUUUCGCGCCUGCCACGGCCUGAAAGAGCGCAAAGUGCUCGAAGUGCGCCGCACGUUGCACGUGUUGGACGCGAACGAUGACGCGACGGCCGCACUGGACCGAGCCGUCCGGCAGAAUCUCAAAGACACCGCCGACCGGUUCCCGAUGGGCGACGUCGAACGACAGGUUGCCAAUCAGGUGCUGUCAACGCUGCACGAAUAUCCCUGUCUUGAGGCUUGCAUCCCGUUGAUCCACUACAUCAGCGACUGCGUGCGGCUGGCAUGGAAGAUGACCAACCAAGCAGUGCCCUACUACCUGGAUACGGAUUUCACGUUGGGUCUCCUCCAACCGGAAAAGCACGAACGUUACCCCAUCUCGGAGAAGCGGUCCGACAUCAUCCGUGCGUUCCUGUGGCCGGCACUGAUCCAGAACGGACGCUGCGUCUACAAGGCCAUCGUUGCAACGUAGCGACUCCCUACCCACCUGUAGGGUUUGCACGCACACUCAACCACAACUCAACAAGUAUUUGCUCAAAGUGCAUUCAGCUAAACUGAAUUACGAGAAUAUAUUUAAGUACUAAAAUAAAAGGCAUUUUUUACCGCGCUGUACCGGAAUGUCGACGGCUGAACCACACAUCAACCAUUAAUAGUGCAAGAGCUCGACUUCCAAAUAAUAUCAAAUUAAGUCAUCAUCGCUGCGAUUGAUUUUAACCAAUAUAAACUUAAUGGGCGUAAAUCUUUAAUCGAACGCUGAUCGAUGCGAGUAUGUUGUAUAUAUAGGAUAUGCAAAAAAGAGUAUUUUAUGUAAUAAAAUUAAUGCGUUUUGAAC